UUGGUCUGCGGCCGAGCGGCGGCGGCGGAGGAAACAGGUGUUAACCCCUCCGCAGCUGCCACGCCCGGGCAAAAGCUGCCGUCUCGCCCAGGAAUGAAGGGGAGUGACACCACGGGCACGCACGGUUGCGCCCGACAAGUGUCGCGUCUCCUGGCUGCCAGCAGCUCCCGUAGGGGGUUUCUUUUCCACCCAGGCAUGCGCCCCUUGCCCUUGUGGUCGUCAGGGCGGCGGCUGCAGCUCCUCAAGAGUUAAACGGAGCACCGUCUUCCAAGUGGGCUCUGCUGAGAGGGGGAAACAGAGAGCCUCCGGCGGGGAGGAGGCCACUUUGCUCCCUCUUAAAGGAGCUACGGGGGCUGCCGCCUGGCUUUGUUUUGCAAGUGGCCGGGCGCGAUGGGACGCGCGGAGAAUGCAGCCCGCCCCGGAGAGUUCGCCGCCCGCGUCCUGCCUGAGCGAGGAAUGUGGUUUCUGAGGCUACCCAGAAGGCACUAGACGUUGGAGCCACAGACGUUUGGAUACUGCAAGCAGGGCAGCUGGUGACAUUCUUGCUCUACAUCACCUCUUGGCAGCUCUUCGAAGACCUGCAAUCCAGGCUGAAACCAUGGGCUCUACCAACAGCCCGCACAAGAAGGUCUUUAAUGACAUGGUCAGUGACUACGGCAACUAUGAUGUAAUUGUCAAGCAUUACAACUACACGGGGAAGCUAAAUGACAAAGACACUGGGAUCAAAGCCUCUUCAGUAGUCUUCAUCAUCAUUUGCUGCUUCAUCAUCCUAGAGAACAUAUUUGUCCUGCUAACCAUCUGGAAAACAAAGAAGUUCCACAGACCCAUGUACUAUUUCAUUGGGAACCUGGCUCUCUCGGAUUUGCUUGCUGGGGUGGCUUACAUUGCCAACAUCUUGUUGUCUGGCCACAAGACCUACACCCUCACCCCUGUUCAGUGGUUUCUCCGGGAAGGGAGCAUGUUUGUGGCAUUGUCUGCUUCGGUGUUCAGCCUCUUGGCCAUUGCCAUUGAGAGAUAUAUCACUAUGCUGAAGAUGAAACUCCACAAUGGCAGCAACAGUUUUCGUUCUUUUCUGCUGAUUAGUGCCUGCUGGGUCAUCUCUGUGAUGUUGGGGGGUCUCCCUAUUAUGGGGUGGAACUGCAUAAAUAUCCUGGAGAAUUGUUCCACUGUGUUGCCCCUCUACCAUAAGCAUUAUAUCCUGUUCUGCACCACAGUGUUUACUGGCCUCUUGUUGGCCAUAGUGGCCCUCUACUGCAGAAUCUACAUCUUGGUAAGGACAAGGAGCCGAAGGCUGACCUUUCGGAAGAAUGUUGCCAAAGCUACCAGGAGCUCAGAGAAGUCUCUGGCUUUGCUAAAGACAGUGAUCAUUGUUUUAAGCGUGUUCAUUGUCUGCUGGUCUCCUUUGUUCAUCCUUCUCUUGCUGGAUGUGAGGUGUGCAGUCAAGGCAUGCCCAAUCCUCCUCCAAACUGAAUAUUUCAUAGUACUGGCAGUCCUCAAUUCUGCUACAAACCCCAUCAUCUAUACGCUAACCAACAAGGAGAUGCGGAGGGCCUUUGUCAAGAUUAUGAGUUGCUGUAAGUGUCCCCCAACGGACUCUGGGGCCAAAGUCAAGAGGCCCAUCAUUGGAGGGAUAGAAUUCAGCCGAAGUAGGUCUGACAAUUCCUCUCAUCCACAGAAAGAUGAGGGUGACCCUCCAGAGACUCUGAUGUCUUCGGGUAAUGUCACCUCAUCCUCUUAGGAGCUUUCAGAAAGAGGAGGCAUGAGCCCCUUCAAGUCUGAAGCAUGGGGACGGCUCUGCUUGCUCGUCUCUAGCCAGAAACAGAAGGGCUACGGGAGAAGGUCUAGGUCGAAAGGGGGAAGUGAGGUGCCUACUAGGGUGCAGUUGAUAACUGCAUGGGACAGUUUGUGUGCUUUGAGAAUAUUUUCUCCCUGGAAGCUUGUUGGGUUUUGUCUUCACAUUGAGCAAGCUUAGGAUUGUCUUGAGAACUCAGUAACUGGCAGAUGGAAACCAACACCCGUUGAAUGAAAAGUGUGAGUAGGGGAAGAGAGGAGGUAUCUUCAAGUAUUUUUUUCCUCCAAGAUGAUUGUGAACUUCAAUGAUCCGUGAAAUAAAUGGUGGUGAAAUAAACAUAUUGAAUUAUGUGUGUCCCCCCUUACCUCACAGAAAGGGAUGCAAAUGUGCUAGUGUAUUCUGGGAUAUAUAAAGAGAACUUGAGGCUUUUGUGUCAAAAUUCACCAAGGCGCAAAUGACACUUUGGAGCAUAACUUUUUCUGUUGAAAGUCAACCUAGAAUUGGACACCAACAACUUCAGGAGGCGGAUUGAGGGUCACAGUAUCACACUUAACUGAAUCGGAGUUUAAUGGGACUGUAGUUGAGUAGGUGGGAUGUCUGGAGCUGCAGCAGAAGUGUCAUUUGAACCUUGACAUGGAACUGAUUUGAUAAACAUGCUAAAUUCAAGGUGUGUUUGUCACUGUCAGAAGCACCUCUGUAUAAAAAGUGCUGUACAAGGAUAUUUAUCUCAUCAGUCUUCACAAUAAUCCUAUGAUAUAGUUUUAGGCCAAGAGGUGGUGCCUCCAACACUUGGCAGUAGGCCUUCAUGGUUGAACAAAAGCAGGACUUUAGGCCUUUCUGCAGCCUAAGCCAGUCCUAUGUGUUCUACUAUGCUGCAUUCCAUAAUUUGUUCAAGUUUAAUUCCUCAAAGCCUGUAAGAAAUUUUCUCUGUGUGUGUUGAAUGUAAGUUGUUACAGCAACUGUCUGUGCAUAUGUGUGUGUAUAUAUCUCUUUUCUAACCUGAGUUACAGGUUGAAUGUGUAGAUGUUAACAAGGAUAGUGGCUGUGCUGUGGCUGUAGCAGUAUUCUUCAGCCUCCUCAGACCCUGGAACUCCCCUUAAAUCCCAACAUAUGUUAAAUAUGAUAAAUAAAUAAAUAACCUGCAGUGUGGGACCCAGCUGAAAUGUUCUGCAUAUGUCUGCCUUGCUGGACUAGGACCGGGGAGACCUGAGUUCAAAUCCCCAUUCAGCCAUGAAACUAGCUGGGUGACUCUGGGCCAGUCACAUUCCCUCAGCCUAACCUACUUCACAGGGUUGUUGUGAAGAGAAACCUAAGUAUGUAGUACACCGCUCUGGGCUCCUUGGAGGAAGAGCAGGAUAUAAAAUGUAAAAAAAAAAUAAAUCUAGUCAUGACUAGAUGCAAAGGAAGACAGUCGGGCUCUUGAACUUCUAGCAGUUGUGAAGGAGAGAGAAUUACUGCAGGUGCAGCCUGCUGUGAAAGGGUGAGAGGAAACUGUACCUACACAAACACUAAAGGCCUAGGAGCCCUUGUUCUCCUUUGCUUCUGACAAGGUCUCUUCCUCCAUUUCUAUUUGUUUCCUUUAUAUUCUUUUUAAAGCUAAAGAAAAUGGGGGUGGUAUCCACCUGGAUCCUGUCCUCCCCCACUUGAAGACUAGUGAUUUAAAGCAGUACUGUGGUAGCAAUGUGCAGGAUAGCGGAAACCAACUGAGUAAUGUAUAAAUAUAAUUGAAUUUAAGUGGUUUUUAUACGAUUCUUGUACUUAUUUAGUAUUUCCAGUGCAAUUCAUUUUUAAAAAAUAGUAUUUAAAAUGAUUUCUGACUUUGGUUGUACAAUUUUAAAUUUAUUGACCUCUAAACAUUAAUAAACGGUGGUUUUUGUACAUGU